GGUCAAAUAUAAAGCACAUUGUAGCAUAGUAGCGCGGUCCCUUUCCAGACGUUUGGUAACCUAAAUGAAUCGAAGGCUAUCGUUUAAUGCGAACUUUCUAAUAUUUACUCUACUGUUGAAAUAGAAGAUUUAUAAAGAUAGUAGCUAAGUGGCUUAAGAGGAGGAAAUCGUUUUGUAAACAAUCACAACCGGUUACUUUCCUGUACAGACAAGCAGUAGUCUGCAGGGAUGGCUGGAAUUCUAUUUGAAGACAUUUUUGACGUGAAGGAUAUAGAUCCAGAUGGAAAAAAGUUUGACAGAGUUUCUCGACUUCACUGUGAGAGUGAGUCUUUCAAAAUGGACCUCAUCCUGGAUGUGAAUACUCAGAUUUAUCCUGUUGAUCUAGGGGAUAAAUUCCGAUUAGUAAUAGCCAGCACACUGUAUGAAGAUGGCACCCCAGAUGAUGGGGAGUACAACCCUCAAGAUGAAAGACCAUCCAGAGCAGAUCAGUUUGAUUAUGUAAUGUAUGGGAAAGCUUAUAAGAUUGAGGGGGAUGAGACCUCCACGGAAGCAGCUACACGCCUCUCUGCAUAUGUCUCAUAUGGCGGCCUACUUAUGCGACUACAAGGGGAUGCCAACAACCUGCAUGGCUUUGAGGUGGACUCCAGAGUCUAUCUACUCAUGAAGAAACUUGCAUUCUGACUGAAGUUACUAACCUUAUGCUGUCCUGACCAUGUGUGCUUUCUUUUGGAGCAACAAGAAAAACUUGUUUUGAUUUGUCCUUUUUUUAAAGUAAAAACAAAGUUCAGAACACCUAAUGAUAAUUCUGUAAAUAAAAACAUGUUUUAUAUGUAUAGGUCUUUAACAUUUUAUUUAGUUAUACAUUUAAAAUGGUCAUACUUGUGGAUGUGACACAAAUAACAUCUUGGUUUGUCAAAUUUAACUGCCAAAGAACAUCAUCAAUGGUUAAAUAUUAGAAUUACAAUUUAUACCAGGCCAUGCCAGAUUUGUCAGGCUUGGAUUUUCUUCUACUGUGCAUGUGCCUGCAUGCACUUUGGAAAACUGAUUGAAUUUAGUGAUGUAAGAAUUGCUACUUUUGUAUUCCUAGUCCUUGUAAUAGAAAUCUUGUGGUUUAUUGCUUCGUGGCCACUGCUGACAGUUUGUUCCAGCCGAGAUGGAAAUUAAAUUUAACACAAUGUCAGUGCUGUAACCCAAUGGAAGUCACAGGACAGACUAGUCUUCAGUCUCCUCUUGUUUCAAAAAUAAAGGCUAGGAAUAUUGUUA